UUGAGGGGGGGCAACACACGGACUACACGCAACGUUGUGAGAAUUACAUUGUUGCACAUUAUCCAAGGGCUUAGAGACGCUAAAAUAACGAACAGCAGGAUUUUGUGCACAUCUGCAUUGCAUAGGCUAUGUGGACGCUGCAACAACUACCGACAAAGAAUUCAUGUGAAGCAGAUGGAAGCUGAAUGCUCUUCAUUUAGUGCAACAUCUACAACAGUCUGCAGAAAUUUACAUUCUAGGGAGGAAGAGAAGUGGGUGUCUUUAUAUCCAAAAACUGCCCCAGUUUUAAGAAUACAUCAUGAUGAAAGGUUAUGCAUCUUAAGAGGCAUUGCAAGCCAGCUGUGAGGUUUCGUUGCCAAGGCAACUCAGACACCCACUCUACAGUGCUCGGCUCACCCUUGCUGAUCAGGCACAUUGGUCAAGACCCACUAAAAGCGACUGAACAACAAAAGAGAGAGGGAAAGAAAAGGGUAAGCUAAGUUUGGAAGGUCACCCUAAAUCAAGAAGAGCAGCUGAAGACAACAGCAGCUGGAUUCCACUAUGAUUCUGAUGCACUGCACCCUCUCCGACUGACGGGUUUUCUCGGCAGCAAACUGGCCAAGAGAAAGAGAGCUCACACAGGUGGGCCAGCAGCAUCCCAGAGAUUAUAGAUUUGGAGAUUACAGUACAACAGCAGGUCAGGGCACAUUGCCUUUUUGAAAUCCUAGUUUUCCACCUCACCAAUUCCGUUAAGAGCUGUCAUCGUGAAAUUGGCAGGCGAGUCCUGCGACGCAACACAUGUUCGCAUGCACUCGGACUGAUCACGUACUCCUCUAGCUGCUAGACAAAUGCAGUGUAAGAAGAAAAUCUGAUGGAGGGAUGGCUUUUUUUUGCUUGCCUUUUUCUAUAAUCCAGCUCCUUGGCUCUCAAAUCCCUUUUUUGUUCUUGAGCCAUUAGAUUCUUUUAAUCGUCUUUGUUGCUAUCUUUUACUCCUUUUUUUUAUUUGGUUCAUUUUUAUCAUCCACUGACCUGGAGAGUCAAGUGCUCAACUUAUCAAACUAUGAUGUAGAAUGUCCUAAAGUGCUCAGUUAGACUGGAAUGUUCAAACCCCACUGCUGUUUUCCAGACAGUUGCGAAUUGAAGCUAGGAAGUGAAAGUGAAGUUCCUCAAAGAAUAGUUUUCAUUGAAGAUAUCAUAAAGACCAAGGAUCGAGACAAAUGCGGCGACAUGUCUCUGCACUUAAAAUAAUUUGCAGGAUACUCGACUACAGCUAAAUGAAUGAGACGGAAAGAGUUUAGAGUGUUGUAUAAUAUAAAGCUAUUCAAUAUGUCUGCAAAAGAACUUCAUCACAAGUCUGUGAGAAAACUCCACCCUUUUCCUCCUCUGGCUGUGAAGUUCAGCACGGUGGCUCGGUAGACAGAGAGUACGGACGCGGUCAAACCGAAUUACAGUGACAAACUUGGACUCAUAGAGGACUGUAAUGGAACAGACACGGAUGACAGCCUAGCUUGUCUGGCACUGAGAUGUCAAAACCGCAGAGAGGGCUAUUCUUCCAACUGUCACUGCAAGGAGAAUAGAGCAGAUCACACACACGCCUACAAGCAGACUGAUUUUUUAGAGGCGAAAGACUGGUGUUUGUUUGAACCGUGGCAGUUCAGAAGCGUGAAAGAGAGAGCUGGAGGAGAUCCCAUGGUGUAGGGGGAAGAGAUUGAAAAUAAAGAGCGGUAAAAGGCUCCACGGAAGCGGUGACACUUUGAAAGAGAAGACUGACAGACGGCAGAUCAGCAGUGGUAGUUCACAGGCGAACAGUUUUGUGAGAUUCACACACUUUUGGGUUUAAAGCUUGUGUCGCUCAGUACGCCAAGUAGGACUGAGUCCAGGUUGGGCACGGUGGCAGGGGCCGGUUUAUGGCAGUGGGGCGGGCGCAUGCCGUCUGUGGCUCCGCAGCGAGAGGGACGCUUGGGCUUGGGCUGGGGAUGGGCCACAUGGGCACGAACUCCGAGGACGGGUGAGCUGAGGCCCUGGGCGCCCGUUGGAGCUGUGGCGGCAGGAGAACGCGGGGGCAUGCGUUGCUCCCUGCGCGUCUGCGUGGUCUUGGGAUCCCUGGCCCUCCUGUUCCUCACCUCGCUCUUCUUCUCCUUCUCCCUGAGAGGAGGAGCCGGCCUGCCUUACUUUGAACCCCCGGGAUGGGAAGAGUCGCGCAGGGUUAAGCUAGUUCCCAGCUAUGCUGGUUCCCACCGAGUGAUCCCAGCUGAGAGCGCUCAGCAGAAGACAUGUGCCUGCUCUCGGUGCGUGGGCGACCCAGGCGUUUCCGACUGGUUCGACGAGAACUACGACCCAGACAUCUCGCCUGUGUGGAUUCGGGACAACAUCCAGCUGCCUUCAGACGUGUACUACUGGUGGGUGAUGUUGCAGCCUCAAUUCAAACCCCACAACAUCCAGCAAGUUCUACAGAGGCUGUUCCAGGUCAUUCCAGGCCGUUCCCCAUAUGGUUCGUGGGACCCUGCCCGCUGUCUGCGCUGUGCUGUGGUGGGGAAUUCAGGAAACCUCCGCGGGGCAGGUUACGGUCCAGUGAUUGAUGACCACGACUCCAUCAUGAGGAUGAACCUGGCCCCCACUGUAGGGUACGAGGAGGAUGCCGGCAGCCGUACCACACACCACUUCAUGUACCCAGAGAGUGCCAAAAACCUGGCGGCCAACGUGAGCUUUGUGCUGGUGCCCUUCAAGACUCUCGACUUGUUGUGGAUCACAAGUGCUCUCUCCACCGGCCAGAUCCGCUUUACUUACGCUCCAGUGAAGCAGUUUCUGCGUGUGGAUAAAGACAAGGUUCAGAUCUUCAACCCAGCUUUCUUUAAAUACAUCCAUGACCGAUGGACACAUCAUCAUGGGCGCUAUCCCUCCACUGGCAUGCUCGUCCUGUUCUUUGCUCUACAUGUAUGUGAUGAGGUGAAUGUAUUUGGUUUUGGGGCGGACAGUCGGGGAAACUGGCACCACUAUUGGGAGCAGAACCGCUAUUCUGGAGAGUUUCGUAAAACAGGUGUCCAUGAUGCAGACUACGAGGCCCAGAUCAUCGACAAGCUGGCCAAGGCUGGCAAGAUCUCAGUGUUUCCUGGAAAGUGAAUCUGGGCACCAGGUGCAAAGAAAUGGACCAACUGAUGGACUACCAUAAAGAAAACCACCCAUUAUCCACUUGACACAAUUAGUGUGCCUGUUAAACAUGAUCAAGAAGUAGUUUCAUGAUCUUAUUAUCAUUCUGUGCUGUCCUGAGGGGUCAGGAGUCUGGACAGUGUCCCCCAUAAUGUGGUGGUUUUGAGAGGAGACGCUAGUAAAUGUGCUUUUCCUUGCAAGCCUACCUCAACUGGGACAAGGAACUUGACUUGGAAAGGAACACUAAUAUCUCACCACUAAACAGCAUGUUAGGUAUAUGUGCUGGGAAUGGAAUAAACUCAUAUUUAUGACUUUUGUUGAAUAGUGACGAUACGAGAACUCUUUCCGGCCUAUCUCUUAUGUGUGCUCACGCCGAGGCCAGAUAGAUGAGUGAGACCUACAAUCACCAUAGUGUAUCAUAGUACUCUAGUAGUUCUCUGUGAUUCAUUGAAGGGACAGUUCAAAAAAAGAAAAUUCUGUCAUCAUUUACUCUCCCUC